CAUGAAUUGUUAAUUAUUAAAGGACCAUAAAGAGAGAGUCUGGUAAAUAGCUUGGCAUCCAAAUGGAUAAAUAUUGGCUUCUUGUAGUUCAGAUAAAACAAUAAAACUAUGGCAAUUAAUGAAUGAUCAAUAUAAAUUAAUUGUAAUAUGUCCAUUAAUCAUUCAUCUUAGUAAACUCUUGAUGAUUGUCAUACAAAAUCAAUAAGAUCAGUAAGCUUUUCUAAAGAUGGUCAAUUUCUAGCAUCUGGUGGUUUUGAUGCUGUAGUUGGAGUUUGGAUGUUUGAUGGAUCAAAAUACAAAUUAAUUUAAUAACUUGAAGGACAUGAGUCUGAAGUAAUAUGGUUCUAUAUAAAUUUAGGUAAAAGGAGUUGCAUGGAGUGUAGAUUCUAAUUAUUUAGCAUCUUGUGGAAGAGAUAAAACAGUCUGGAUUUGGGAUCAUGAUGAUCUUGAAUUCAGCUGUAAUUGUGUUCUACAAGCACAUGAUGAAGAUGUAAAAUGUAUUAAAUGGAAAGAUACUACUCUCUAUUCUGGCAGUUAUGAUAAUAGUUUAAUUCGAUAUACUUAUGGAGAAGAUGAUGAAUGGGAUCAUAAAUAAUUCUAAAUUGAACAUUAAUCAACUAUUUGGUCUAUUGAUAUAUUCAAUAAGUUAUUGCUUACAACAAGUGCUGAUUGCACUGCUAAAUUAUUCUCAAUUCAAGAUGGAACUAUAAAACCUAUACAAACCUUAUAAGGAUUUCAUAAGGAACCCAUUUAUUCAGGAUCCUUCUCAUAUGAUGGAUUAUAUUUUGCAUUGGGAAGUGCCGAUAACAAAAUUAGUAUAUAUAAAAAGGAUGCUAUAGAUGAAUUAGGAUAUCCUCAUUUUGCUUUAGAUUAGAUCUUCGUAAUUUAUUUUUUUAUAUAGAAGGAUGCCUUUGAAUUUGAUGUUAAUUGUGUUGCAUUCAAUCCUAAAAAUUAUCUUUUGGCUGCCUGCAGUGAUGAUCAAAAUAUUAAAGUGUUCGAUUUAUAAUUGUGAUC